UGUACAAUGUAAAUUUUUUUAAAUUGAAAGUUAAAUUUCAAAUUUGAUUGAGUACACAAAGGCAAAAUUGGAUGGAUAUUUGGGACGAAAUUAAUUAUUUCAUACUAAAAAAUCACAGGCCAAUCAGAUUAUAUUCAAAUUCGCUUUUGUAUUUGGCGGGUAAUUUCAAAUUCGAUCAAUAAUAUCUUUAUUCAAAGCUCAUUACUUCUUUGGAGCCUAGUUAUCAUUCUUUUUUUUUCAUGGCAAAAACCAAGAUUUGUUUCUCAAGUCUCAAACAAACCGCGAGCACUGACAUUUUCCACCCGAACUCUACGCUCCUGGCGAAGCUUUUGGAUCAUUGCAUCGCUACCAGGUCACCAUUGGCAGCGCGUGCAGUGCACGGGCGGGUCCUGAAGAGCAACUUCAUCCACGAGGUCUUCAUCAGCAACCGGCUCAUCGACGCGUAUGGGAAAUGUCGCCGCCUUCCGGACGCCCGCAAGGUGUUCGAUAAAAUGCCUGAAAAGAACACCUUCACUUGGAACUCCAUGAUCAAUGCCCUCGCAGCUUCUGGACUCCUAGAUGAGGCCGAGGAGCUGUUCGGGCUGAUGCUGGAUCGUGAUCAGUGCUCGUGGAACUUGAUGGUUUCGAGCUUUGCCCAGUGUGAAAUGUUUGAUUUGUCUGUGGAAUAUUUUGUGAGGAUGCACAGGGACGACUUUGUUUUGAAUGGGUACUCGUAUGGUAGUGCCCUCAGUGCUACUGCUGGGCUUAGGGACUUGACUGUGGGUGCUCAAAUCCAUGCUUCCGUGGUCAAGUCAAAAUACUCGCUUGAUGUUUGCGUGGGCUCCGCACUCAUUGAUAUGUACUCGAAAUGUGGAAGUGUGGAGUGUGCUCAGAAGGUCUUUGAUGAUAUGAGGGAGCCCAAUGUGGUUUCGUGGAAUAGUUUGAUCACUUGUUAUGAACAAAAUGGGCCGGCAAGUAGGGCACUUGAGAUUUUAGUCAUGAUGAUGCAUAGUGGGGUUGAACCGGAUGAGAUGACCUUGGCAAGCUCCAUAAGUGCUUGUGCAAGCUUGGCCUUACUCAGAGAAGGCCGUGAAAUGCAUGGCCGAGUUGUCAAGGUUCAUAAGUUCAGAGAUGACCUCAUCAUAAGCAAUGCUUUGGUGGAUUUUUAUGCAAAGUGUGGCAAGAUCAAUGAGGCAAGACAGAUCUUUGAUGAGAUGCCCGUAAGGAGUGUGGUGUCUCAUACCUCAAUGGUAAGUGGUUAUGCAAGGUCUUCAAGUGUGAAGGCGGCUAGAGCAAUGUUUCUUGGGAUGAUGGAAAAGAAUGUGGUGUCUUGGAAUGCCCUCAUAGCUGGAUAUACCCAGAAUGGAGAAAAUGAGGAGGCUUUAAAUCUCUUUGUUUUGUUAAAACGGGAGAGUGUUUGGCCAACGCAUUACACUUUUGGGAACCUCCUAAACGCAUGUUCAAAUCUGUCCGAUCUUAGACUCGGAAGGCAAGCUCAUGCACAUGUUUUGAAACACGGUUUUCGGUUCCAACAUGGGCCGGAGCCCGAUGUUUUUGUUGGGAAUGCUUUGAUAGACAUGUAUAUGAAAUGUGGAUCGGCUGAAGACGGUCGACGUGUUUUCGAAAACAUGAUCGAAAGAGAUUGGGUUUCAUGGAAUACAACAAUAGUGGGGUUUGCACAAAAUGGGAAAGCAAUUGAAGCUCUUGAGAUCUUCAAUGAUAUGUUGAUGUUGGGAGAGAAACCAGAUCAUGUCACAUUUAUCGGCGUUCUUUGCGCGUGCAGCCACGCGGGACUUGUUGAAGAGGGUCGUCGUUAUUUUCAUUCUAUGGGAUGGAAGUAUGAAUUGGAACCUCUGAAAGACCACUACACAUGCAUGGUCGAUUUACUUGGUAGGGCCGGUUGUCUAGAUGAAGCAAGGAGUUUGAUAGAAUCAAUGCCAAUGUCUCCAGACAGUGUUGUGUGGGGAUGUUUGCUCUCUGCUUGUAAAACCCACGGCGACGUAGAGUUGGGUAUGCACAUAGCUGAGAAGCUUCUGGAGAUUGACCCUGAAAACUCAGGUCCCUAUGUCCUUUUAUCAAACAUGUAUGCAGAGAGAGGGCACUGGAAAGACGUUACAAGAGUACGUAAACUGAUGAGGGAGCGUGGGGUUGUUAAGCAGCCUGGUUGCAGUUGGAUUGAGAUACAGAGUCAGGUUCAUGUUUUUAUGGUUAAAGAUGGAAAGCAUCCACAGAAGGAGGAGAUAUAUCUGUCGUUGAAGACUCUCACCAAAUUGAUGAGGCUGUUUGAGCUUGAGCCUGAUUUGGAAUGAUACGGUUUCCAUUCUUUUGGGUUCAUGCACAGAGUUUCAGUCAAGGUAAGGACACUGCUCAGGAUUAGUUUGCAGAGAUUUAUCGGCAGAAUUUUCUAAGUGCAGUUGGAAGAUGGCUUGUUGGUUGCCGAGGAACUUGGACAGCUGAAAGGAUGCAAACGGGGAGGCCUUUCUUUGUCUACUCAAACACUUGAAGGUCUCCGAUUAUAUUUGGCCAAGGCUCUGAAAGGAGGACAUGGUUUAACAGUUUCCUAUCCUGAAUCGCAUUGUGGACUCCAAACAUCAGAAUCUUUGAACUCGGCGAAAAAACAACCUGAUAAGAAGAGGGAUUUCGCUGCUCUAGAUAUGCUCCGUGAAGUUGAACAGUGGAAAGAUCAUCGUUCGUAACGAGCAAUCAAAUCUCAGUAUUAUGUACAGAUGGAAAAUGCUAAAGUCACCCCAACUCUCAACCCACCUUUCACUCCAACCGUCUCACGGAUAUCCGCGGACAUUGAACAAUAACGGGUGUUUAUAUAUAUGGGAGAAAGUGGAAUGAAAGGCAGUGUGAGAG